CUGAUAUAAUAAUGAUCGCCCUGAAGAAUGAAAUUCGCGAAUUCCAUCGAAUUGUGUUACAAUGCAAAAAUAGAAUAGAUUUUUAUCAAAUAUGGAAUAAUUAUGUAGCAGUUCUUUUCACCAUAUUUGGCCUCUCAUGGUCCGCUCAGCUGCCACAACAAGCAGGUUCCGAAAUUCCGAUAGUUCGGUACGAGAAUGAGGGAGUUAAUGCCGAUGGAUCUUAUCAAUGGAGUUACGAAACUGGCAAUGGUAUCUCAGCACAAGAGCAGGGUCAGAUCAAGAAUCCAUCAGCAGCAGAAGGAGGUGCAGCGGAAGUGCAAGGCUCCUACCAAUACACCAGCGAUGAUGGCACCCCAAUUUCCUUGACUUACAUCGCCAACGAAGGUGGAUUCCAACCUCAAGGUGCUCACUUGCCUACUCCACCUCCCAUUCCAGAAGCUAUUCAGAGGUCCUUGGAAUGGAACGCAGCUCAUCCAGAACAAGAACAGCCUAGUCAGCCCCAGAGAUCUCAAAGAGAGGCACCAAGGGUUCAACCAGUUAAUAACAACCAGCGGUUUCAGAAGCGAUACUGAGAUUAUCUAAUUAUGAUGUGGAUAUUUUUUGUACAAAUAUGAAAUAAACUACCAUAGACUGCCUA